UCCCCUUAAAAAUUCAAAAUUGAGUCAACAUGUGGCGCUGCAAAACAACUUGGCUUCGUCGGUUUUCGACGGCUCUGCGGCGGCAUGUAGAGGACGAAGGUGACUGGUCUUACUCGUCCGAGUGGUGGGGCACGGAAUCCCGGGGUGCAACCAUUCUCCGAGCAACUUCCGGCAAAGGAAACGGUGUUGUUUCUGUCCUUGCCUACCCCUCCUCCAGACCUAGUAAAGUUUUCUGGUCAGAAAUAGAAAGUUGGCUGAAUUGUGGGUAUGAGGAGAUACAUCCAGCUUAUGACUGUCGACAACAUUUAAGGAUACUAGGAUAUCAAUGGAGGGUGCUUCGUUUCAACGAUGAUACUCGCCAAAGUGCUGUAAAAGUAAUGGCCGCUUACCAGGAAAAGAAGCCAGAUUCCAUCUAUCUUAUGCAGCAACCACAUUGUUUGGCUGUUCCAUAUCUGAGGAGCAUGAUAUCAGUUGGGCUCGCUACUAUAGCAUCAUGUAACUAUGACAUUGUCAGUGCAUUGCAAGGAAAGAAACCCAUGCACAUUUUAUGCAUCGGGCAUGGUGGUGGCAGUUUACCACUUUUUUUGGCGAGUAAAAUUCAAGGCGCUAUUAUUCACAUUGCUGAAAUUGACCCCCUGGUUAUCUCAGCUUCAAUCCGAGCUAUGGGUUUUCCAGCUUUCUCAGUUGUGACACAGUCAGCUGACCGGCUCGCAAAGCCUAGCCCUAUAGAUGAAGUUAUGUGGAAAGGCAUCCACGAGAGGCUUUAUCUCUAUGAAUCAGAUGCUGAGAAAUUUGUCAUCGAUAAUACUAAUGUAUAUGAUAUGGUCUUCAUCGAUGCUUAUGAUGGUGAUGAUAUCUUCCCUCACAAGUUAUGGGACUCAGAGUCUCCAUUUCUCAAAGCACUUAGCAGCCGACUUCAUCCUGAACAUGGCACUGUCGUAGUGAAUCUGCAUUCAGACACUGAUUUAUCAAACCUUGGUGGAUCUACUUCAUCGAUUUUUGAGCCAAUUUUAACUAUGGGAAAGUAUGUAGCUCGAGUUUGCCAAGCAUACAAGGAUGGGCUUUUGGGAGCAAUCUCGUAUGAAGGAAGAAAAGAUUCUGGUAUUGCUUUUGCUGUUGCUGUUCCUUGGGUCCUAAAUACGUCUCUGGUCGUGUGUAGAGGAUUUGGAGUGAAGGGUGAGUAUGAUCACAAGGAUUUGGUUGUGCGCACUCUCAUGAACAAAUCACUUGAACUGGAACAAGUCAUGAACUUACCGUUCUCAGGCUUAGAAUAUAUAAAGAGGGAUUUUGUUCUUGUUGAGUAAUGACUGGUUCGUGCAGGCAAUGGAUCAUAUUCUCAAGGUC